CAUGUAACCAAUCCCAUUUAUGUGUAGAAAAAAAUAACACGUUUUAAAUAUUUUUUUUAAUGAUGCGUAUAUAUAAAGGCUGGUUCAAACAUUUUAAUUGGGUAAUCAAGCUCUGCAGCUUCUCAACAAUGGCGACCAUUCCUUCUCACAACCUUUUUACGAUUAACCAGAAGAAGAAUUCCAUAACCGGUCACUCUUCUUCUUCUUCUUCUUCUUCUUCUUCUUCUUCGUUCAAUACCAGCUUCUCUGAAACUUCGUUUAUCGAUCUCCCGCCGAGAAGAUUCCGAGCAGCUACGAGAGCUUUGUCCAGAACCAACGAGGCUUCUUUAUCCGCCGUGAUUUCGAGGCUCGAGCGAGAAAACCACGGAUUAAUCGAAGAAACCGAAGGAAUCGGAGAAGAGUGGAUUACGGCGGAGGAUUUUCGCCGCCGCGAUAAGAAAGCCGAGGAAGAGAGAAGGCUAAGAGACACGUGGCGUAAGAUCCAAGGAGAAGACGAUUGGGCCGGGUUAAUCGAUCCAAUGGACCCGGUUCUUAGAUCGGAGCUGAUCCGUUACGGCGAAAUGGCUCAGGCCUGUUACGACGCCUUCGAUUUCGAUCCUUCCUCGAGAUACUGCGGCAGCUCCAGAUUCUCCCGCCACGAUUUCUUCGAUUCGCUCGGAAUAUUCGAUUCCGGCUACGAGGUGGCGCGUUACCUCUACGCGACGUCGAACAUAAACCUCCCGAACUUCUUCUCGAAAUCGAGAUGGUCAAAGGUUUGGAGCAAAAACGCUAAUUGGAUGGGAUACGUCGCGGUUUCCGACGACGAAGCCACGCGUAACCGCCUCGGCCGCCGAGAUAUCGCGAUCGCGUGGAGAGGAACCGUCACGCGGCUCGAGUGGAUCGCGGAUCUCAAGGAUUAUUUGAAACCGGUAUCCGGUAACAAUCUCCGGUGCCCCGACCCGGCCGUUAAAGUCGAAUCCGGGUUUCUAGAUCUGUACACGGAUAAGGACACGACCUGCAGAUUCGCGAGAUUCUCGGCGCGUGAGCAGAUCUUAGCGGAGGUGAAGCGUCUCGUGGAGAAAUACGGCGACGACGAAGACGAGGAGCUGAGCAUCACCGUGACGGGACAUAGUCUCGGCGGCGCGUUGGCGAUUUUGAGCGCGUACGACGUGGCGGAGAUGGGAUUGAAUCGGAGUCGGAGCGGGAAGGUGAUUCCGGUGACGGUGUUGACUUACGGAGGGCCGCGCGUGGGGAAUUUGAGGUUUAAGGAGAGGAUUGAGGAGCUUGGAGUGAAGGUGAUGAGAGUGGUGAACGUGCACGACGUCGUUCCGAAAUCGCCGGGACUGUUUUUGAACGAGAGUGUGCCUCACGCGCUGAUGAAGAUCGCGGAGGGCUUGCCGUGGUGUUACUGCCACGUGGGGGAGGAGCUGGCGUUGGAUCACCAGAACUCGCCGUUCCUUAAAUCCUCCGUCGAUCUUUCUAACGCUCAUAACCUUGAGGCUAUGCUCCAUCUCCUUGACGGGUAUCAUGGGAAAGGGGAGAGAUUUGUGCUGUCUAGUGGGAGAGACCCAGCGUUAGUGAACAAAGCAUCGGAUUUUCUAAAAGAACACUUUAUGGUUCCACCGUUUUGGCGACAAGACGCGAACAAAGGAAUGGUGAGGAACAGUGAAGGUCGUUGGAUUCAAGCCGAGCGUCUUCGUUCUGAGGAUCAUCAUUCUCCUGAUAUCCACCAUUAUCUCUCUCUGCUCCGUCUUCUCCCUUCUUCUUAAUUAAUCCCACAUUUCUUUAUAUACAAAUCCCAUUUUCCUUUGUAAAUUUCAUCACAUCCAUGUUUUUUGGAAAUAAAAUGUUUGCAUUCACCACA